UUUUGCCUAGGCGCAACAUGGCGGCUCCCAGUGCCACUGUGGAUAGGAUUUUCUGGUAAAAUUUACGAGGUCCAUUCUAGGGCAAUUAUUUAGCGGUGCUUUCGUGGCAUUGGAUGAGACUGGAACAAAAUGUCGAGUGACACUGGCAGAAAACAGUUCUGGAGGAGAAAUGUGUCCAAAGUACCAGGGAGUAUUCAACAUGUGUAUGGUGCUCAGCAUCCUCCUUUUGAUCCAAUGCUUCAUGGAAACUUAUCAAAAACUGUUCCAAAGCCUCCAACAACACCAGUGAAAUUGAAAAAAUUCACCACAUUCCAAGAGUUUGAAAAUAAUACAAGUGAUGCCUGGGAUGUGGGUGAAGAUGAUGACGAACUUUUAGCAAUGGCAGCUGAAAAUUUAAAUACUGAAGUGGUGAUGGAAACUGCAAACAAAGUCAUCCAGAACCAUACGCUGUUGAAACAGCAGAACAAAUGCCAAGAAACAGAACUGAGAACAAUAGCUGGACAACUUGAAGAGCCACCAUCUCCUGUUACUAAUGACAUUAAGAUUGCUGAGUCGGCCAGUGAAAAUCAGAUCCAGAAGGCUUCCGGUGAGAAGGAUUCUCUACAGAGACAACAAUCUGUUCCUCAGCAGACAUUGGUUCCACUUGCUGGCAGUGCCGGUCUAACAGAAAGAGAAGCAAUUCGUUUAGAAAAAUUUAAACAGCUACUUGCUGGCCCAAACACUGACCUUGAUGAAUUGCGGAAAUUAAGUUGGUCUGGCAUACCGAAACCCGUCCGAUCUAUAACGUGGAAGCUUCUGUCCGGUUACCUUCCAGCAAAUGUUGAGAGAAGAGAAGGAACACUAAAGCGAAAGCAAAAGGAAUACUUUGCAUUUAUAGAACAAUAUUACAGUUCCAGGAAUGACGAUACCAACCAGGCAACAUACAGACAGAUUCAAAUAGAUAUUCCUCGUAUGAGCCCAGAAACGUUACUUCUUCAACCAGUAGUGACUGAGAUAUUUGAAAGAAUUUUGUUUAUAUGGGCGAUUCGCCAUCCAGCCAGUGGAUAUGUUCAAGGCAUUAAUGAUCUUGUCACACCUUUCUUUGUGGUCUUCGUUGGUGACUAUAUAGCCGAAGAAGAAGUGGAAAAUGUUGAUAUUUCCAGCUUGCCUGAAGAGGUGCUGCGGAACAUUGAAGCUGACAGUUACUGGUGCAUGAGCAAGUUGCUUGAUGGCAUUCAGGACAACUACACAUUUGCACAGCCAGGAAUACAGAGAAAAGUGAAAAUGCUGGAGGAACUGGUUAGCCGUAUUGACGAACAACUACACAGCCACUUACAUCAGUGUGAGGUGGAAUAUCUGCAAUUUGCAUUUCGCUGGAUGAAUAAUCUCCUAAUGAGAGAAGUUCCUUUGAGGUGCACCAUUAGGCUUUGGGAUACGUACCAAUCUGAACCUGAAGGAUUUUCUCACUUUCACUUAUACGUCUGUGCUGCCUUCCUUGUGAGAUGGAGAAAAGAGAUUUUAGAUGAAAAAGAUUUCCACGGGUUGCUGAUCUUUUUACAGAAUCUGCCCACUGGGCAUUGGGAAAAUGAGGACGUCAGUGUUCUCCUGGCUGAGGCGUACCGGCUGAAAUUUGCUUUUGCAGAUGCCCCAAAUCAUUACAAGAAAUGACCUGAAACUUGCCACAUUUUAAAACUUCCAUUAUUGUUACUGAUUCAUAAUUUUAUAUCUUUUUAUCAGAGUAAUAUUUACUUAAAGAGGGCUUUAUGGUCCUUAUAAUACUUAAGCAACUUGUAAAGAGAGAUCAGUUGUGAGUCCAGAGCUGAUACAAAACUAAUGCAGGAGAUAGGACGUUUAGACAUACAGUUUAGCUACAAGGUUGUCACCGAGAUAAGCACCUUCUUAUGCUUCAUAACACUCAUUACAGGGGAGCUUAGAUAUAACUUUAAAGGCGCAUGGACAUAGGAUUAAAUUAUCAUGAAUAUUUUCCAUGUUACUUGUUUUAUUUCUUGUGGUGUCCUUUGUUGAACAGCUGCUUUCUAUGAGAGUAUACGGAGGUGCAUGUAUGUGCCUUCAGCUUUACAUGUCAACAUUGUUUACACAAUUUACUAUUUUUGUAACAAUGUUAUACAUUGUUGCAAACACCACUGUCAUUAUAGUGCUCAAGACACAUGCACACGUGAGCCUACCUAGGUAUUCUGUCAUGAAUUUUCACUUCUAUGUCCAUCUAAGUCAUUGUCUUACACAUAUUUAAAGGGACAUGAAAGCCAAUUUUUCUUUUUUCAUUAUUCAGAUAGAGCAUGUGAUUUUAGACAACUUUCCAAUUUACUCUUAUUACCUAAUUUGUUUUGUUUUCUUUGAAUCCUUUGUUGAAUGGUAUACGUAGGUAGACUCAAGAGCUGCUGCUUGGUUGCUGCACAUAUAUACCUAUAUACAUAUAUAUAUGUUUUGGCUCAUCCAAUGUGUUCAGCUAGUUCCCAGUAGUGCAUUACUACUACUUAAUCAAAGGAUACUAACACCUAGAUUUAGAGUUCUGAGUUCUUGGCCGCCCGCUGGUAUUUAGAGUCGGCCAGGUAAAGGUGUACCGCUCACUUUCAAACCGCGACUUUUCCAUACCGCAGAUCCCCUUACGUCAAUUGCGUAUCCUAUCUUUUUAAUGGGAUCUGCCUAACGCUGGUAUUUAGAGUCUUGGCUGAAGUGAGCGGUACACCCUCUACCGACAAGACUCCUAACGCCUAUGAAAAGGCUGUAUUUAAGAGCUUUAUGGGCUAACGCCGGUAUAUAAAGCUCUUAACUACAGUGAUCUAAAGUACACUAACAUCCAUAAACUACCUAUGUACCCCUAAACCGAGGCCCCCCACAUCGCCGCCACUAUAAUAAACUUUUUUAACCCCUAAUCUACCGACCGCACAUCGCCGCCACCUACAUUAUCCCUAUGAACCCCUAAUCUGCUGCCUCUAACACCGCCGACCCCUAUAUUAUAUUUAUUAACCCCUAAUCUGCCCCCCAACGUCGCUGCUACCUUACCUACACUUAUUAACCCCUAAUCUGCUGACCGGACCUCGCCGCCACUAUAAUAAAUGUAUUAACCCCAUAAACCGCCACACUCCCGCCUCGCAAACACUAUAAUACAUUUUAUUAACCCCUAAUCUGCCCUCCCUAACAUCGCCGCCACCUACCUACAAUUAUUAACCCCUAAUCUCCCGCUCGCAACGUCGCCGCUACUAUAAUAAAGUUAUUAACCCCUAAACCUAACUCUAACCCUAACACCCCCCCUAACAUAAAUAUAAUUUAUAUUAAACAAAAUAAUAUUCCUAAAAUUAACUAAAUUAUUCCUAUUUAAAACUAAAUACUUACCUAUAAAAUAAACCCUAAGAUAGCUACAAUAUAAUUAAUAAUUACAUUGUAGCUAUUUUAGGAUUUAGAUUUAUUUUACAGGCAACUUUGUAUUUAUUUUAACUAGGUACAAUAGCUAUUAAAUAGUUAUUAACUAUUUAAUAGCUACCUAGUUAAAAUAAUUACAAAAUUACCUGUAAAAUAAAUCCUAACCUAAGUUACAAUUAAACCUAACACUACACUAUCAAUAAAUUAAUUAAAUAAAUUACCUACAAUUACAUACAAUUAAAUAAAAUAAACUAAAUUACAAAAAAAACAAAACACUAAAUUACAAAAAAUAAAAAAAGAUUACAAGAAUAUUAGGCUAAUUACACCUACUCUAAGCCCCCUAAUAAAAUAAAAAAAGCCCCCAAAAUAAAAAAUGCCCUACCCUAUUCUAAAAUACAAAAGUAAUCAGCUCUUUUACCAGCCCUUAAAAGGGCUUUUUGCGGGGCCUUGCCCCAAAGUAAUCAGCUCUUUUGCAUGAAAAUAAAAAUACAAUACCCCCCCCCAAUAUUACAACCCACCACCCACAUACCCCUACUCUAACCCACCCAAACCCCCCUUAAAAAAACCUAUCGCUAACUGAAGAUCAUCCUACCUUGAGUCGUCUUCAUUCAUUUGAGCCGAAUUCUUCAUCCAAGGUGCGCAGAGGAGGUCCAUCAUCCGGUAGAAGUCUUCAUCCAAGCGGGGCAAGAAGAGGUCUUCCAUCCGAUUGAAGUCUUCAUCCAGGCGGCGUCUUCAAUCUUCAUCCAUCCGGAGCGGAGCCAUCUUCAAAGGAGCCAACGCGGACCCAUCCUCUUCAACCGACGCCUACUCGCCGAAUGAAGGUUCCUUUAAAUGAUGUCAUCCAAGAUGGCGUCCCUCGAAUUCCGAUUGGCCGAUAGGAUUCUAUCAGCCAAUCGGAAUUAAGGUAGGAAAAAUCUGAUUGGCUGAUUCAAUCAGCCAAUCAGAUUCAAGUUCAAUCCGAUUGGCUGAUCCAAUCAGCCAAUCAGAUUGAGCUUGCAUUCUAUUGGCUGAUCGGAACAGCCAAUAGAAUGCUGAGCCAAUCUGAUUGGCUGAUUGAACUUGAAUGGUUGCGGCGGUGUCCAGAGCGGAAGAUUAGGGGUUAAUAAUAAUAUGCAGGGGUCAGCGAUAGCUGGGGCGGCAGAUUAGGGGUUAAUAAGUGUAAGGUUAGGGGUGUUUAGACUCGGGGUACUUGUUAGGGUGUUAGGUGCAGACUUAGAGAGUGUUUCCCCAUAGGAAACAAUGGGGCUGCGUUAGAAGCUGAACGCUGCUUUUUUGCAGGUGUUAGGUUUUUUUUUCAGUCCAAACUGCCCCAUUGUUUCCUAUGGGGAUAUCGUGCACAAGCACGUUUUCCCAGCUUACCGCUACCGUAAGCAACGCUGGUAUUGAGGGUUGAAGUGGAGCUAAGUUAGGCUCAACGCACCCUUUUUUGAGCCUAACGAAGCUUCUCAGACAACUCUAAAUACCAGCGUUGUCUUAAGGGUGCGUUGGGAAAAAAAGCAGCGUUAGCUACGCGGCUUUUUACCGACAAAACUCUAAAUCUAGGCGUAUGAGAAUUAAGCAAAUUAGAUUAUAGAAGUAAAUUGUAAAUAUGUUUAAAAUUUUAAAAUUGUAUGCUCUGUCUUAAUCAUUAAAUAUUUAUUUUGGGUUUCAUGUCCCUUUAAAUAAUGUCUUUUAUACCAUUUUCAAUAAUACAUUAUCAUACUACAUACCAAAGAGGCUUAUUUCUUUACAUUGCUAGUACCAUUGAGGCACAACUAAAAUCAAUUUACAUGUGCUUUAAAUAAUCAUGACAAAUUUGAUAAUAAAUAGGAUUGUUUUGGUGUUUAUAUAAAACCUGUUAUACUUGCAUAUUUUAACAAGGCUUUGUACUUCUGAUAAUAAAAUAAUUGUUUUUAUGUAAAGUGUACAGUAAGCAAUAAAACACAUAUUUCUUUACAAAUCA